GCAAAAACUCUAACUUUAUCUAUUUUGUUUCAAAAUGUUCUUGCCCUUAAUUUUUUGUUUGUGUUUAACUUUGUCGGUAGGACUUCCACAACAAAAGGAUUCCAGAAAUGGCAUCGGAAGUCGAAUUAUUGGUGGCCAGACUGCAUUCGCUGGUCAGUUUCCUUUUCUAGCUGCCCUUAAUAUCCACACCAGCGAUGGACUUUACUUUUGUGGCGGUGCCCUUCUAACUACAUCGUGGUUAGCGACUUCAGGACACUGUCUUGAUGGAGCUAUUUUAAUUAAUGUUCAGCUCGGGUCUAACUCUCUUGAUCCUAACGAUUCUAACCUUCUUAAACUUACUACAGACAGUUAUUUGAUACAUCCAGAGUAUGACCCUCUUACUUUGGCUAAUGAUAUAGGCCUUGUCGAGUUUCGUUUACCUAUUACAUAUACUGAUUAUAUCAAACCGAUCAACAUGUUACCAGGAGCACCGUUGUCCGAUCGUUCACCUCUCAUAACAAUGGGUUGGGGGCAAAUAAGUGAUGAGGAUGCAGGACUUCAAAACAGAAUCCAGUAUGUAUCGGUAGUAACCCUCCCUAAUGCAGAGUGUAAGUUGGUUUAUGGCAACCAAAUUUUUGAUACAAUGGUGUGUGCAGAAGGAAAUUAUAAUGAAGGGACUUGUUAUGGCGACACUGGUGGUCCACUGAUACAGUACGUAAGCAGAGGUCAAGUAAUGCUUGUAGCAAUAUCCAGCUUUAUUAGUCAAAACGGCUGUGAGAGUACCGAUCCAUCUGGGUAUACCAGGACAUUUGAUUAUACGGCGUGGAUCAGAAAUAACACAGGUUUUGUGUAAUCAAAUGUGUACUUGUAUUAAAUAAAAUACUACGACAAUAA